AGUAGCUGAGGACCGGAUUCGGCGGACGUCGGUCCAGCGGUAAACCAGGAUCUUUUGUUAUUGCUUUGUCUUCAGACAACUCAAGAUGGCAGCGAGCACAGAGGCCCCGGAGCCCUGGUACCUGGCUUUGCUGGGCUUUGCAGAACAUUUCCGCACGUCGAGUCCACCGAAGAUCCGUCUGUGCGUCCACUGUCUGCAGGCGGUGUUUCAGUUCAAACCGCCUCCGAGGGUCGAGGCCCGGACUCACCUGCAGCUGGGCUCGGUGCUGUACCGCCACACAAAAAACAGCGAGCUGGCUCAGACUCACCUGGAGAAAGCGUGGUUCAUAUCACAACAAAUUUCUCAAUUUGAAGAUGUCAAGUUUGAAGCAGCAAGUAUUCUAUCAGAGUUCUACUGUCAACAGAACCUGGUGGACUCGGCCAAACCGGUGUUGCGGAAGGCCAUCCAGAUCUCUCAGCAAACUCCCUACUGGCACUGCAGACUGCUUUUUCAGCUGGCACAAUUACACGCUCUAGAGAAGGACUUGGUAUCUGCCUGUGACCUCCUUGGAGUUGGAGCAGAGUAUGCAAGAGUCAUGGGAUCAGAGUACACACGAGCGCUGUUCUUAUUAAGUAAAGGAAUGCUGCUGCUGAUGGAGCGGAAGCUGAGCGAGGUGCACCCUCUGCUGACGCUGUGUGGGACCAUCGUGGAGAACUGGCAGGGAAACCCCAUUCAGAAGGAGUCCCUCAGAGUUUUCUUCCUCGUGCUGCAGGUUACACACUACCUGGAUGCUGGACAGGUAAAGAGUGUGAAGCCGUGUCUGAAGCAGCUUCAGCAGUGUAUCCAGACCAUCUCCACUCUCCAUGAUGAUGAGAUCCUUCCCACUAAUCCAGCAGCUCUCUUCCACUGGCUGCCCAAAGAGCAUAUGUGUGUGCUUGUGUACCUGGUGACAGUGAUGCACUCCAUGCAGGCGGGCUACUUGGAGAAGGCACAGAAGUACACAGACAAAGCUCUCAUGCAGCUGGAGAAGCUGAAGAUGCUGGACAGCAGUCCCAUCCUAUCCACGUUCCAAGUCAUCCUGCUGGAGCAUAUCAUCAUGUGCCGACUCGUCACUGGACACAAGGCCACAGCUUUACAAGAGAUUUCUCAGGUUUGUCAGCUUUGCCAGCUGUCUCCCAGGUUAUUUACAAAUCAUGCUGCUCAGCUUCAUACGCUGCUGGGCCUCUACUGUAUCUCGGUGAACUGCAUGGAUAACGCUGAGGCUCAGUUCACUGCUGCUCUACAGAUGACAACACACCAGGAACUGUGGACGUUCAUUGUGACCAACCUGGCCAGCGUCUACAUCCGGGAAGGCAACAGACAUCAAGAGCUGUACAGCCUUCUAGAGAGGAUUAACCCUGAUCACAACUUCCCUGUCAGCUCUCAUUGUCUACGGGCUGCAGCGUUUUACAUCAGAGGGCUCCUGUCUUUCUUCCAGGGACGUUACAAUGAGGCCAAAAGAUUUCUAAGGGAGACCCUGAAGAUGUCUAAUGCUGAGGAUCUGAAUAGGCUGACUGCUUGUUCGCUUGUCCUACUGGGCCACAUCUUUUUUGUCCUGGGCAACCACAGGGAAAGUAACAAUAUGGUGGUUCCUGCCAUGCAGCUCGCCAGCAAGAUCCCAGACAUGUCUGUGCAGCUGUGGUCCUCUGCACUUCUCAAAGAUCUGAACAAGGCUUGUGGAAACACCAUGGAUGCCCAUGAGGCAGCUCAGAUGCACCAGAACUUUUCUCAGCAGCUCCUGCAGGACCACAUUGCAGCCUGCAGCCUCCCUGAACACAACCUCAUCAGUUGGACAGACGGCCUCCCUCCUGGGCAGUUUCAGCCUCAGAAUGGACCGACAACCAGCCUGGCCAGCCUGCUCUGAGAACAACCACCCUGACAGGGAAGUGGAGACACAGAAGAGCAGCUGCAGGGAAAAAUUAGAGAAAAACACAAACAGAUAAAAGGAGAAAUACUCGAUAGAAGGGUAAGAGGAAAGGAAGGUAGAAAAACUCAAUUAGAAAACUGAAGGCAUACUGCGCUGUGUCAUUUGGCAGGUUUCCAUUCACUGCAUUCCUUCUCUCAUUUGGGGAACUGGGGCAUCAUGACCGGAUUUGAGGUGUUUGAAGUUUUUUGGAAAACAUAAGGUGAACUUGUAUUACACUGGCACAACCUGGAGUGGUUGUAAAUUGUUUGUUUUACCAGCUAUACAACAAAUGAAAAAUUAAAGGAAAAGUUCAGCUUUUUGGG